UGAUAACAAUUGUCUCAAAAGAUGAGUUGUUAACAAAUAUGUGGACGUAUUUGUUGAGUGAUGUCUAUGUGUUGUCAGUGGAGUACACGUCGGACUCCGAGUCAGCUCUGAAUAAGUUUUUAUAUUAUCGGUGAAUACAUCGGUUGAGAUAAUCAAGUGUUUGAUCCCAUUUGGCAACAACUAUGGCAUCGGAAACAGCGGAACACGUGUUGAAUCAAUUAAAGGCAACGAUCAACACAAGUGAGACCAACAACAGCACCGAUAAAUUUGUGUCUUCACCGACGGGAAUGUUGUGCGCUUACGGCAGUCUCAUUGUUAUGGCAUUGCUUCCCAUUUUCAUCGGCGCUUUCCGUUCAGUCAUUCAUCACAAACAACAAAAAGAAUCAGGAGAGACUCCGGAGACGAUGUCCCACAAAGACGCCGCAAUGUUCCCACUCAUUGCCAGCGCUGCACUCUUCGGUCUUUAUGUAUUCUUCAAGCUGUUCUCAAAAGAGUAUAUAAACUUAUUACUGACGGGUUAUUUCUUUUUCCUCGGAGUGUUGGCAUUGUCACACAUAUUGAGUCCAAUAGUGAACCGAUUGACACCCAAAGCAUUCCCUAUUAUUCCUUAUCACUUAAUUUUCGACAAAGAAAGUGAUGACAAAAGCGAAUCUCUUAUAGACUAUCGAUUCGAUUCCAGAGAUUUCAUAACACUUGCCAUCAGUGCUUCGCUCGGCGUUUGGUAUCUCUUGAAAAAACAUUGGAUCGCAAAUAACAUCUUCGGACUGGCAUUUGCUGUGAACGGCGUCGAGUUAUUGCACUUAAACAAUGUGGUGACCGGUUGUAUACUAUUAGGUGGUCUAUUCUUUUAUGAUGUCUUCUGGGUGUUUGGCACUGAUGUUAUGGUAACAGUUGCCAAAUCGUUUGAAGCGCCCAUUAAGUUGGUCUUCCCUCAAGACUUUGUUGAACAUGGAGUCAAUGGGACUCACUUUGCAAUGUUAGGAUUGGGAGAUAUUGUCAUUCCUGGCAUUUUCAUAGCUCUUCUUUUACGAUUUGACGUCAGUCUUAAAAGGAGAGUAAACGUCUAUUUUUACACAAGUUUUGUGGCCUAUAUAUUAGGAUUAGUGUUGACUAUAGUAGUGAUGGCAUACUUCAGACACGCACAGCCGGCACUCCUCUAUUUAGUGCCAUUUUGUAUUAGUUUUCCCCUUUCGGUUGCUCUGAUUAGAGGAGACAUUAAAGCACUCUUCAAAUACGAAGAUCAUCCGUCGGAUGAAAAAGAUGGCAAAAACCAUAAUAAGGAGACAAAGUCUUCAAAGAAGGACACGAAAAAAGCGCAAUAG